AUGGCGAUGGCGGCGGCGAGCUCCGAGUGCAGCAGCGGCUGCCAGUCCGGCUGGACAACCUACCUCGACGACCACACUUCCUCCUACUCCUGCGGCACCGCGCGGUUCCAUCACGGCAAGGCGCGGCAGCCGUACUACUGCGACUACUCGGAGGAGGACGACCUGUCUAUGAUCUCCGACGCCUCCUCCGGCCCGCGCCAGCAGAGCUCCGCCGGCAACGACGUCGAAGGUGGGGCCGCCGCGGCGAUGAACUCGGGGGAGGACAAUGGCUAUGGCGGCGCCGACGCCCGGAUGACAGAGAUCGGCAAUGCCGCCGACUUCUCCUACGCCUUCUCCACCACGACGGGAUUCAAGGCUCCCUUAAAUGGAGCUGCUUUGAGCGGCUACAUGCAAAUGCAGUACUCCCCGGCUCCCGUCAAGCCGAUGCCCAGAAGACAGGUGUGCAGAGAUGCGUCGGAGAAGAAGAGGUGGUGA